CAGCAGCAGCUCCGGGACUUUCUCACAGCGAGACGCGAACCGGGAAAAGUUUCCAGAAGCGGACUUUGCGUUGAGCUCCGGCCCGAGCGGCUGUACGAUCCUCGGCAGUGUUCUGAGACCGUACGGCCCCGAUCCGCCUCCUCCAGCCCGGACGGGUCACCUCCAGCGCUCCGGUCCACAGGUUCCGACAGGACGCGUCCAGACCUGCGCACUUCUCUCUGCGAACUUUCAGCCUGCGGUGACUCCAGAGUUGGACUUUUGGGGAAUUAUUUAAUCACAGCGACGGUGCAGAAGAGGCGACAUGACGGCGGACAAGGAGAAGAAGAAGAGCAGCUCGGAGCGGCGCAAGGAAAAGUCUCGGGACGCAGCCCGAUGCCGACGCAGCAAAGAGACGGAGGUUUUCUACGAGCUGGCGCACCAGCUGCCGCUGCCGCACAGCGUCAGCUCGCACCUGGACAAGGCCUCCAUCAUGAGGCUGGCCAUCAGCUUCCUGCGCACACGCAAGCUGCUCGCCACCAGCGGCAGCAGCAGCAGCAGCAGCAGUGACGACGGCGGCGACGAGGACGGACAGAUGGACAGUAUGUACCUGAAGUCUCUGGAGGGCUUCGUCACCGUGGUGACGUCGGACGGCGACAUGAUCUUCCUGUCCGAGAACAUCAACAAGUUCAUGGGGCUCACGCAGGUGGAGCUCACAGGUCACAGCAUCUUUGACUUCACCCAUCCAUGUGACCACGAGGAGAUCAGAGAGAACCUCAGCCUGAAGACAGCAGGAAGCGGCUUCGGCAAAAAAGGCAAAGAGCUGAGCACAGAGCGAGACUUCUUCAUGAGGAUGAAGUGCACGGUGACCAACAGAGGACGCACCGUCAACCUCAAGUCCGCCAGCUGGAAGGUGCUGCACUGCACCGGACACCUGCAGAUGUACAACAGCUGCCCUCCGCGAGUGCUGUGCGGCUUCAAAGAGCCGCCGCUCACCUGCGCCGUCCUGAUGUGCGAGCCGAUCCCACACCCGUCCAACAUCGACACGCCGCUGGACAGCCGGACCUUCCUGAGCCGACACAGCAUGGACAUGAAGUUCACCUACUGCGACGAGAAGGUGACGGAGCUGAUGGGCUACACCCCCGAGGACCUGCUUGGGCGCUCCGUCUACGACUUCUACCACGCUCUGGACUCGGACAGCGUCACCAAGAGCCACCACAACCUGUGCACCAAGGGCCAGGCGGUGAGCGGUCAGUACCGCAUGCUGGCUAAGAACGGCGGCUACGUCUGGGUGGAGACCCAGGGAACCGUCAUCUACAACAGCCGCAACUCUCAGCCGCAGUGCAUCGUGUGCAUCAACUACGUCCUCAGUGACAUCGAGGAGAAGUCCAUGAUCUUCUCCCUGGAGCAGACGGAGUCGCUGUUCAAGCCGCGACACAUGAACAGCUUCUUCACCUCCGGAGGCGUCGGUAUGACCGGAGAGACAGGAGACACCCUGUUCACGGAGCUGAAAGAGGAGCCGGAGGACCUGGCUCAGCUGGCUCCCACUCCUGGAGACACCAUCAUCUCCCUGGACUUUGGUCGCUCCCAGUUCGACGAGCCCCAGCAGUCGGCCUCGUACAGCCAGGUGUCUGCUCCGGCCAUGCCCCUCCCAGGACCUCCAUCCUGGGCCAGCGAGAGCCGCAAGCCUGCUGCUGCUGCACCAGGCCAGACUCCGGCUCCGGGUCCAGGGGACAUGGCUAACAUGGCCAGCACGUUCACCGUGCAGCAGAACCCGGCGCCGGGCAGCGCCACUCCGAGCCUCAGCAGCUGCUCCACGCCCAGCAGCCCAGGUGACUACUACAGCUCAGUGGACAGCGACAUGAAGGUGGAGCUCACCGAGAAGCUGUUUGCUCUGGACACAGAGGGCGACAGCAGCCCUGCAGACACUGAGAGAGACCUGAGCGACUUGGACCUGGAGACUUUGGCUCCUUACAUCCCGAUGGACGGAGAGGACUUCCAGCUGAAUCCCAUCAUUCCUGAGUCGGAGCCCCGGGAGUCGGGGCCGGCGGGAUCCAUGGGCAGCACCAGCAGCCUGCCGCAGACGCACCAGGCCACCCACCACAGCUUCAGCAACAUCGCCAGCCUCUUCCAGCCCCUCUCCUCGCCUCCUCACCCCCAAGGCCGCUACCAGCCCCAGCCGUCUGCAUCCUGGGCUGCAGGAGAGAAGAGAGGCUCCGGUCCGGGAGCCAUGGACCCCCGUUCGAGGUCAUACAUGAUGGGGCACAUGCAGAACCCACCAUACCAGGCCCCGGCCAGCGCUCCUCUGUCCUCCAUGGGUGGCAGGCAGAACCUGCAGUGGCCGCCGGACCCGCUGUUAACCUACCAACAACAGCAACGGGCCACCAAGGCCUACCUGGUGGACCCUGUGUCGGGAGAGGAGCGCCCGUCCUGCCAGCAGAACAUGUCGCAUCUGCUGCAGAAACAGAGGUCCAUUGACAACUUCGUACAAGCUUACAGAGACAUGAGUCCAGCCAGAAUGGCCAUGACCAACAACAUCAAGCGCUCCUUCAACCAGAUGGCCGUGGGUGAAGGCAAGCCGUCAGACAUCAUAUGGAAGAAGAUGAGGGUGGACGGCUGCAUGGACCGCUCCCUCAGCGCCGGAUCUCUGACAGAGUCGGGGAUGGGCAGGAUGAUGCCCGGCAGCAUGGCGUCGCGUUUCAGCUCUCUGCAACAACACAGGAAGUCUCAGUACCAAGGAAAUGGGAUAAGUGGCGCAAACGAAAAAGCCUUUCCCCAAAAGAGCUGCAGCUACACAGAGUAUAACAUGCUGCCUUCCAGCAAGACAGAGGGCAUCGCCAGUCGCCUGCUGGGCCCGUCCUUCGAGCCCUCGUGUUUGCCCGAGCUGACCCGUUACGACUGCGAGGUGAACGUGCCGCUGCAGGGAAACCUGCACCUCCUCCAGGGCUGCGACCUGCUCAGAGCCCUGGACCAAGCCAUGCUGUUGUAGUUCUCUAUCUCGCCCAUGCUAACAACAAGCUGAGAUAUCAGGGUCAAGCCACUUACACCCCUUUUCCCCCACAAGCUCUUGACUUCAAUCAGAUGCAGGUUGACCACCAGUGUGCCAGAGCCGCCCUGCGUAGACCACCAACUCACAUCAGAACAACACACUGGCUUCAAAAAGAAAAGGUCAAUGCUGGACAGCAACCCGGUUAAAUAACGCCACACUGACCUGUGUCCUGUAUUGAAGAGUCUUGACACUGGGAUUUCACUGGUUUGGUGCCUCUCACAGGUAGACAGCGCCGUGUUCACGCUGAACUCGGCUCUUUGGUGUAAAAGGGGUGUUAGUGGGAUUCAAACAUACAACCUGCCUUAAAGGCCCGCUCUGCCCAGGCAUCUACAGCCAUACGCCCUGACAACCAGCAGGUUCCUGCUUAGCAAGGCGGGAAUCCACCACCGGUAGAUAGAGUCCAGGUCCCCUCCACAGACCUGCCGUGGAGUCUAUGCAGCUCAAAGCCCGACCUUCCCUCUGCCGGCUCAGCCACGUAGCUCAGAGGAGAAGAUGCUAAACUACCUACAGAGACACGUUCACUUUCUGUACGCGACCAGCAACUUGCAGACACAGCCCUCUGUUUUUUUCUAGUUCCAAUCGAAGCCUCAAACCAGAGCUGGGUAUCACAAACUGGUUCUGAAUUGAAGCCAUUUAAAAAAAAAACAACUAAUUAUAGGAACCAAUGAUUUUUUGCAAAAAUGUAAAAGACAAAUGCUGAUUCUGCUUAUCGAUUCCCAAAGAUAACUUUUUAAAUCGCUGUGGUGCAAUAUGCAGGACUGGAGCACUUUAAAGUGAGAAAAAUGUAAUCACUGCCAAUACGGUGGAUUAUUAGUACUAACCUUCUUUUUACUCUAUUUAAGGUCACGUUUGCUUGUGAUAAAGUGACUUUGUUUGUCUCUAAAACAGAGAUCAUAAAGGGAUAAAACUAUUAACUCACAUGUGACCAACAAAAAGCAUAUCUAUCCCUCAUCAUCUUGUUAUAAAUUAUAAACUAAAGUACAAAAAUGCAGCAUUUUUCCAGACCUGAGCGCUGCUACCCGAGUCACCGUAAACGUGUGCGUGGCGGCGACAUAGAGGAUAUUUUUUAUGUUUACUGUAUCAUAAAAACACUUUAUUGUAAAUAGAAAGUCUCCUUGAGAUUCAAAAGAUUUGUGUUUUUGUCGUGUUUCGUGUCACAAAGGCUCAGAAUCAGAACCAAUAGGCAGAAUCAGAAUCAGCGAGGUGAUACCCAGCCCAGCUCAGAGCCAUCCAGCAGCCUGCAUCUCCUCAGCCCAGUCCAUCCCGUCAUCGGCCGCUCCGCAGCAGCACUACAUCUGUUUGGGUCAAUUUUAAACACGUAUGUUAUUUUAGUUGUUGUAGUCGUUGCUUCUGUUACUGAACUGAGUCGUUUUAGCUUCUCUGCUCCACGUUAUUUAAUCCAAAUCGAAGACACUUUAGCGCAUCAGCACUGCUUCGUUCUCAUUUAUCUGACCUUCAGCCGACCACAUGCUUUCAUUUUCUCGCUGUUCUGUGCGUCUCUUUCUCGUCACAGACACGGUAAUAAACAUAUAUUACAUGUACUCUACUGUAAGUUGAAUAUUGUUAAGGUUUUGUUUUUUUUCUAUCUUCUUAAAUCUGUCUUUGAUUUUGUCUGAACCUGUUUUUCUCAGUCAGGUAAGUAGCUUGUGUGACUACAGGGUUGUUGUUUUUUUCCGUAUCGUGCAAUUAUUUCACUGAGCUAAAGCUUAAGUAGUCAGUAACAAAGCUGUCCUGUAUCCACCAUUAAUCGCCUGCACAGAGGAAUGUGACUCGCACACGAUAAGAGUUCGUAUGAGUUUAUAUUAUGACACAAACUUCAGGCCCGUACAGAGCGACCGGCGGUGUGCACAGAGCAGCAGAGAGGCUCAGGCAGUAACACCAGGGCUGGUUUCAGGCUGUUGCCCCUAAAGGCUCUCUGACUCUCAUCACAUGCACACUUCAUGGUUUUACAUUGGCUCCAUCUUUCUGCUGCUGAAAACUCAUGAGUGGAACAUGAACCUGACUUCUGAGUUGUAUGAUCUGUAACGGUGAAAAUCAAGUCAGUGUUUGUGUCUGUCAGAGGAUUAUCUUGCAUUGUGGUGCCGUUUCAGCCUCUGAAUGCCAAAACAAAUCACCAAAACCAUCCCAUUCAUACAUUUGGAAUUUUCCCAAAGUCCUUGAACUACUCAUCUGUUCCACUCUGAAACAUAAUUCUGGAAAAAAAAACAGCUUUAACGAACCAACUUCUGUAAAAAACAAAACAUUCUGUGUUCAGUGGAGCAGACAGACAGUCCUGAUUGGCUUUCCUGUGACAAACAAUCACUUCCUAAAACUUCACAGACUUUACUAGCAGACAGGUUUAAGCGCUCUGCUUCUAGUCAGCAUUGUGGUGUUUCCACAGAGGUGCAGGAUUUUAUUUUAUUUAACUGAUUAUUUAAAAUCAGCUGACACGCUGCAAGACGCGACACAUAAAUCAGCCUCAUAACAUUCGUUUUCAGCCAAUUAGCAGUAAUCAGCAUGUGCCUGGAACCAAAAAUGAGGCCGUAAUGUGAAGUAUGUGAGAUUUGUCGCUUCUUAAUCCAGCCGGAGGGCAUUUGAGCCAAUCACAGGGGCAGCUGGAGUUAAUCAGAAGUGCCCUAGGAGGGAUCAGAGGGGCUCUUCGGCUGAUCAGGAGGGCACUCCAGCUGCCCGGACGGCCCGUUCAGCGCCAUUCUGGGUCCAAAAAACAAUCUUUGGAGCUGCUCUGUUCACCUCAGCUGCCCUGUUUGGUGUUCUGUUGAGGCAGAAGAUCCCAGUUGUCGCCCAGCAGCCUCCCUGUGCACACCGCUGCCCCGUCCGUCGCUCGUCCUGACUCUACACGUGUACAUAGCAGCUUUUAGUGCAGCACAGCAGCCUGUGAAGUAACUUGAAAGUGGAGUUUAUGUAUUUGUUUAGGACAAGGCCAGUUUCUUCUUCGCCCAACAGAGUGGCUGCCCACACUAGAAAGCUUCACACACAUUAUUAUCUACAGACGACAGAAGUACAAACUACAAGUCGUACUUUUCACCCACAGGAUGUCUGAGCGUCACCAGUUUCUUUUCUCAUCUCCUGAACUCUCGCUUUCUUAAUCUCACUCUGUUUUUUUCUUUUUUGUUUGAGGUAAUUGUCUUUGUGCGGUGACCACUUUUGAGUAUGAACUAUAGAGCUUUGUACACAUAUACGUUAUGUAUUUAAAAAGACAGAACUAAUGUUAGUGUUUUACUGUGUAUGCGUCCUGGUACUUGGUCCUCGUCGCCCCCCUCGUAGCUGCAGUUAGAGCUCGCAGUGCUGUUUCCUCUCGUGCUGUUACUGUGUCGUGGUGGCUUUUGGUUCGUUUUGUUUUAUUUCCCCCCUUUUUUUUUUUCCCAGAGUUUUAUCCUAAAGUAUGUAUUGAAUCUGUUGGCUGGCCAGUACUCUUGUUGUUCUUUGCUUUAAAAAUGAAUAAAUAACAGGCUAUAAGUUCAGAUUACAAGGUAAAAUAUCAGUUUCACUUUUCAGAUAUGUAGCAUUUUGAGUAUUGUAAAGAAGGUGAAGUCGCCGCAUUAAUUAAUCACAUAGGUUUCCAGUUGCGUAUAUAUAAAAGCAAUGGUGCUUCAUAGACCGUGUAUGUCGUUUUUAAAACCUUUUAUUACGUCUCUUGGAUCCACUAACACUGUAUUUUGAUGUUCUCUGCCUUACGUUGUGCUGAGGUUUUCUUUAAAGCUCACUGUAAUCCGUGUAACGUGCCUUAUGUUCAGCUCACCCUUCAGGAGCACAGUUUGUUUCCUCCAGCCCGUAGAUGAUCUCUUUUACCUCCGGGGGGCUGUUACUGAACUACAUCUGGACUUGAUGUUGCCUCUUUUGUGAAUGAAUAGUUCAAAACUUCCUUUUGUUUUGCAGCUUUAAUUGAAAUUUGCAGUUGUAGGCACUAAAACUGAGCCUGCAGAGCCUUUUGACAUCAAGUUUGUAUUGAUUGGAAAAGCAGAUUUCACAGUUGGGAUGUUCUCAGUAAUAACCCCUCAGGUUUUCUAGUGUUUGCUCCUUUAUCGCCGUAUAUAUACAUUUUAAAUCCUUGUAGACCUUCAGCGUCCAGUAGAACCCUCUUAGAUUUCAUAGAACCGCUUGUAGAUCUUCUGGUGACGACGAGUCAAACUUUGCGUGAGGUUUAACAGGAAGGGAUCCAGCAGCUCGUCAAACGACGAUCGAAGCUGCUUGGCGGGUUUUUUCGGGAUUAGCUGUAAAAGAUUUGACUGCACAAGUAAAAGUUGAGCUCUUUUUGCUUCGAUGAAUAGCGUCUCUGUGUUCAACCGUUCAAACGUGAGGAUUUUCUGGCACUAGUGCUGCGACAUGGGUGAAGCUGAAGCUGUUGUGAAUGAAAGUUGGAGCUGAAUAUUGUAAAAUCGAGUUUAAAAAAACAACAUGAAUGUCCUUUAACAGGUCGAGGACGUACGAGUUGUUUAGUGUGAGAAAUUAAAAUGAAAAGCCCGCAUUAAAAGGCCAGGUGCAUUCUAAAAUCUUGUAAGCUGUAGUAAAUAAUAAACAGAUCAAUGGAGUGUAUUUAGAGAACUUUUCACUUUUAAAACUUAUAAUUUAAAGUCAGAAUUCUGUAUUUAACCCCCAAACUAGCUUUUCAUGCGUGCUUUGUAUGAAAGUCACAUGAUGGAGGCCAUGGCGUCUUUAUUAGUGUGUCAGACGGUCUUCUAUCUGAUUAAAACAGGAACAAAGCAAACCGUGAUGGAGACAGUUUCUUAUGUAAAAUGACUGAAUGCGUUCUGUUCAUUUCAGCCUUUAGAUUAAAAAAACGUUGAAGCGAAGUGAUGUUUAGUUGAGGGAUGCUUUCUGCUCAGCCUGCCCACUGAUGCAGAUUUCUGCUCGCGUCCACUCCACACAUCGCUCCUCCGUCUUCACUUUAGCAAAAUAGAUUUACUUGAUUUCAAAUUUAGACAAAAGUGCCAUUUUGUGGAGGAUCUAAAACAGAGACUGAUACCGGAUCACUAGGAAGUAAUAAAAUCCGAUAGAUAAAAAUACGAUGCGUAAAUAGAGAGAGUUCUAUUGAAAAGGGAAAAUUAUAGUCGUUUUAUUUUACAAACUAAUUAGCGCUUAAGACGCCACUUUACUCCAUCACCUGCUCAGCUACAUGUGCUGCAGACAGAGCCACACUACAAACAAACUACACCAUUUCUAUAUUACCCCAAAUGUGUUUCAUUUCACAUCGGCACGUAUUAGACGACUGCUGAUGAGCCGAUAUCGGCCAAUAACAUCGCUCCGAUUUAAAGAUUUAUAAAAUUAAGAAAGCGAGGUUUAAAGAUAAGCACCUUACUGCAUGUUCAGGAUGAUUUUCAUGCAGAUCUAAAGUAUAAAAAAUAGAACUUUUGGAGACCAAAGAUGCUAAAGGACAACGAAAGACAAACAGCAGCUCAGAAGGAUUUUUUACCAACUCAUGAGAAAAGAAAUAAACUGCGAUACUGUAUGUGGAAAUAGUUGGCUACACGGAAGUCGAUUUAAAAAUAAAAAAUCUAGACAGGAGAAGCCCCGCCUCCGAUGUGAGCUUCAGACAGAAACGACCUCAAACUGAGAUUGGUUUGUAGCAUCAACACCUCUGUUGGAUCUCAGAGCUUCUCAGGAGGUGCAGCUUCUUCAUAGAGAAACAUGAGAAAGUCUGUUUGAGCUGUUCAGGAAACGAGUGGAACAGAUGCUAAAGCGAAGCUAAACAGAUGCUAAAGCGAAGCCAGGCGGGGCUUCGGCUCUCUAACUUCUCACCAGUGCUAGCGCUCAACACACUGUGCUGCUCGAAGGGUUCUCGUUAAAAACUAAAGUAAAAGCAUGAACGAGCUGAUCUUUAAAGACAACGUCAGCGUUUUGUGUUUCGUCUCGUGUAACGACAGGGUUUUUGUUUUCUCCUUCGUGGGAUCCAUGUUCAGCUACUUUUAUUUUUGUCGAUGUCAUACAGCAGUUAUAUUAGUUAAUUCUGAUUUUUUUUUUAUUUUAAUAUGCGAAAAAUUCAUAUUGAUCUUAUCAUUAUAAUAUAUUGUUAUCAUUGUUAUUACUAUAUGGGGAAUUUAACCUGAUAAGAAGUUUGUGUUUCUGCACUGAUAUCUUAUUAAAGCAUACUGAUCUUACCCUCCCUCA